CGCAUGUACAAACAAAAUGGCCGAUGAUUGUUUUGCUAUUCGUGUCAAAAAUUUGGGUUGAUUUAGGAGGUUUUCUUUGAUCGGUUUAAUAUCUUUCAAAAACGAGUAUUUGGCAUAAUGUCACUUGAUCAUAAUCCCCAAUGUUCUGCUUGCAAAAUAGCGAAUUCUUUGAUGUGGAGGAGAGGGUCUAAUGGCGAAAUCCUUUGUAACAGCUGCCAUUUGAAACGGGUUAAUUCUAGUGUUCGGGCUCAGCGGCAAAGCUCUAAGGAAAGCAAAAAGCUUAUUGCAAGAAUUAAGGCAGGGACACGGAAAGGUUGGAAUGGAAAGUCUGGUGAGAGAUCAAGAGGUCGUCGUUCCCUGCAAAAGAUGAAACGAAAGCCAUAUAAGUCACCAGAGGGUUUUGCAACUGUAGUUGCAGCUGACAGGAUUUACUACAAAGGUAUUCUUUACCAAGCUGGUGACAUAGUAUCCAUUGAAGACAUAGAAGGUGAUCUGUAUUAUGCCCAGCUUAAAGGCUUUCUUCAAGACCAGUAUGCACAGAAAACUGCAGUUAUUACCUGGCUUCUACCAGUGGUUUCUAAGCCAUCACACUUUGAUCCUGCUCUCUUUUUACCAGGUGCAGUACAUGUACUUGUUAUGAAUACAACAAAUGACCCGAAGAAGACACUCCUAGACCAAUGGAAUGUAUGGAGUUUGUUUGCCGAGCCCCAACAGAACUCUUUAAAGCAAGAAGACAACACCCUGCAUUUGUAACUCCACGACAACCUGACCUUAAUGAUUUAGCAACAAUUGCAGAACAACUUCUUCAAAAUGAAACACCAUCAGUAGUUAAAAG